AUUCCAUAGUACAGCCAAAACGAAUUCAUAUCAUAACUUACAAAAAAAUGUCGGUCGCGGCGUCAGAUAUUCAGCUCUUUCUCUUCUCUCUAAUAACCAUUUUUUUAUUCCUGUAUCUCACAAAGCUUUACCUGAGAAGAUUAAAUUCUUCUAAGGCUGAUGAAGAUCAGCUAAAGCUUCCUCCAGGAAAUACAGGAUGGCCUUUAUUAGGGGAGUCCCUUGAUUUUUACUCCAAAGCUCAAAAGGGAUUGGUUGAGAAUUUUGUGAUAGAAAGGAGUCAGAAGUAUUCCUCGAAGAUAUUCAAGACUUCCUUGAUUGGACAGCCAAUUGCAGUGGUUUAUGGAGCUGAAGGGAACAAGUUUCUGUUCUCCAACGAGAAGAAGUUGCUCAAGCAUUGGUGGCCAAGCGCCAUCGACAAACUCUUUCCCAAUUCUGACCGAAAGACUAAUGCUGAUCGCGGCCAAACCAUGCGUAGGUUCAUCGCGUCUAUUCUCAAAGGGGAAGCUCUUAGAGAAUACGUUGAGAUUUUCGAUACGACCAUAAAACAGCAACUGCUAACUCACUGGAACUCUUCUGAACCAGUUUUUAUAAGCGAAAUGGCGAGAAAGUAUACAUUUGCAUCAGCAUGCAGGAUAUUCUUAGGAGUUGUUGAUCCAGUGAAGGUGGAUGAAUUCGAAAAGUAUAUAAAGAUCAUCGCAAUCGGCCUUCAUUCAGCCCCCAUCGAUCUUCCCGGAACAGCAUUAAGUCGCGGAAUCAAAGCAUCCAAGAAAAUGCGGAAAGAGCUGGAAGCAGUGAUCAGGCAAAAGAAGAUUGAUGCUGCAAAUGAUCAAUAUUGCAAAAAGACUUCUUCAACCUUGGAAAAGGAUUUCGUCUUACACAUGCUUUCAUCCACAGAUGAUAAUGGUCAACCUAUCAAUGAGGCGGAUAUGGCCAGUCACUUAACAGGUGUUCUUCAGGCAGCUUAUGCAAGCGUUCAUUCCACCAUUACCAACCUUAUGAAAUAUCUGGCUGAAUUUCCUGAAGUGUAUAGAGUGGUUCUAAAAGAGCAACAAGAAAUUGCAAGAUCGAAGGGCUCAAACGAUAGAUUGAGUUGGGAAGAUGUGAGGAAAAUGAAGCAUUCGUGGGAGGUUGUGUGCGAAGUGUUGAGAUUACUACCACCUGGCCUUGGAGGAUUCAAAGAAGCCAUCACUGAUUUGAACUAUGAAGGAUACAAAAUCCCAAAAGGAUGGAAGAUCCAUUGGAAUUCAUAUGCAACCCAUAAGAAUCCUGAAUACUUUCCCAAUCCUGAAAAGUUUGAUCCAUCAAGAUUUCAAGGUGUUGGUCCUGCAUCUUAUACAUAUGUGCCGUUUGGAGGAGGCACGCGCAUGUGUCCUGGAAAUGACUACGCACGAAUCGCAAUACUAAUAUUCUUGCAUAAUGUGGCGAUGAAGUUUAAAUGGGAAAAGUCCAUUCCAAAUGAGGAGUUAUUGCAUGAUCCACUCCCAAGGCCAGCUCAAGGACUUCCAGUUUACCUCCAUCCUCUUUAAAUCAUUAUAAACAUACCUCCUAGUUAGCUACUUGUGUCAAUUAAACGGUUUUAUCACUUCAAAUCUGUAUUCUAUUUCUCUAUUUUUCUCAUUCAUGUAAUGAUGUUGACGUACGAAUAAGCAUUAGUAAUUGGUGUUGUAUUUGUUUAAUUGCAAUAUAUACAUAAUAAAUAUAAUAGGAAUAUAUAUAUAUAAUGAAUCUUUUUUUCCUUAUACUUAAAUAAAAGGCACAGUAGGCAAGAAAUAAUACCCAAGAAAUAUUCAAGGACUACCGUCAAAUCGAUCUCGUCCGUCGGAUGGGAUUGAUAUGAUGUCAGCGACUUAUUAUGGGUAAAACAAGGAUUUAAUAAAUUACUUUCAAUAAAAGGCACAGUAGACAAGAAAUAAUGCCUAAAAA